AUGGCUUCGGAUGGUCGCGUCUAUACCCUGACGGAAACUUACCACUGGCAGCAGGCUAUCACCCAGUAUUCUCAGGAAAUUACCACCAUCGGCCCGAAGAACACGGAUAGUCUCAUUUCUGCGUGCUUGCUAUUGACUAUUCGCUCCUUUGCUCUAGAUGAAUACGACCCGCUCAGCUCGUUUGUCUUCUCAGACGAUAUGACCUCCCUGAGCUGGCUGACACUACAAGGGGGCUUGCGCCAUCUGAUCAUGGCGACGGUGCAGUGGAAAGCUGGCAGUAUGUGGUGGGAGGUAUUCAUGAAGUCUCAUGCUGAGACGGCGGAUUUCUUCGAGGAUGAUCGUCCUGGCCGGGUGGCUAUUCAUCCAGGGCUAGCAGAUCUAUGUGGUAUCGAUGACGCGACCACCGCAAAGACGAGCCCGUAUCAUGCGCCAGCACGAAUACUGACAGGAUUGCUGUCGCUGGAGCGAGGAGUCCGGAGACUUUGCACCGUACACGGGAUUCAUGGGGAGACUGCUACCUGA